AUGGAUCCGAACUCUGUGCUGUACAUAAGUUCCGAUGAAGAACCUGGAUGGGAUGGUGAUGAUGGCAGAGUAAUUACUGUCGGCUUUGAUGAUAAUAAUUGGAUAGCAGAACUGCUUGAUGAGGUUAAUGGAGGCGAUUGCGGUGCCGGUUACCAUGAUGGAAGUGAUGAUUCCGAUGAAGUGGUGUUAAUUAGUGAGGUUUUACCGUCUAGAAGACCUAGGAAGAAGCCAACAUCGAAGUCGUCGUCCUUAAUUGAGUUGGAUGAUGAGUGUGUGGUGCUUGAUCAUGAUCCCGGUAAGCCUAAAGAGGUCCGGAAUGAUGAUCCAAUUGCUCGAAGUGAGAAUGGGGAUGAUGAUUCAGAUGAUCUACUUGUUGUUAGCGAAACAGGCCAGGUUGCAUGCCGAGAUUAUCCUCAUCCAAGACACCUCUGUAUCAAGUUCCCUUUCUCGUCUACCCCAAAUGAAAGUCAUUGCGACCAGUGCUACUGUUACGUUUGUGACUCACUUGCUCCAUGUCUCUAUUGGGGCAAUGGCAGUGGCACCAUCGACCAUUGUCAAGCCACUGAAAAAAUCGAAUUCUGGAAACUGGAAAGGCAAAACUCCAAGAACAUAAAUAAAUUAACCGAUGUCCCCCAUAUGAACAUCGCCUCACUUCCACUUCCACUUCCACUUCCACUUCCACUUCCACUCUCACUCCCGCUCCCACCACCACCAGUACCACUUCUGGUUCAAACUCCAACCAUGGCCCACAUUCCAGUUCAAAGGCCAAAUCCGAUCCGGGUUUGCCCCGUAUCACCCAAUCUUGGAGCCCCAAACAUGAUUAACCAAAACCGAGCCCCGUUUUUGUUAUCCAGGAACAAGUAUCAACCGGGUUUAGUCUCGCAACAGUUGAUAAGAACAAGUAGUUGUAGCAUUCCAAGGGAUAGAGGCAACCAAUACCAUAAUUAUACAUUUAACAGACCUGUAUUUAAACGAACUGUCUCACCUGGAGCUGCUUCAACCGGAAACCGUAACCGCCAUUUUUACAGCUCACACAGGGACAGGGACAGGGACAGUUACAGAAACUUGUGUAGGCAGCAAGACUUCCGUAUGCCUGAAAAUUCUGUCAACAGUUCCGCUUCAUUUCCUCCUUCUUAUCUUCUAUUCGAGGAGCCAUUGCUUUCACCGGAUUCCCAACCGCAAGUGAAUUCCGAUUCCUAUGUCGAAACCCCGAUCCCGAUCCCGAUUCCAUUCCAACCGCAACCGCAACUGCAAUCGUCUCUGCCAAGUUACGCAGUUCCAUGUGAAGAAGCAUCCCAACAAGGAAAUCAUAAUCAUGGUCAAAGGUCAACAGUCGAUCCGAAGUUUUUCCAUGGCAUCAAUUGGCCGGAAAGCCAGGCGAACCACCUACCUGCCGCCCAAACUGCAACCCCCGGCAAGCAUUGA